AUGUCGGGAGUAGUAGAGCCGAUCAUAUUAGCAGCGGUGGGAUGGGUGGCGUCUCCCCUCGUGGCGAAGCUGCUCAACGAAGGCUACCUCAGCUUAGGCAUCAACGCGGAGAAGAAGCUUGAGAAGAUGAGGGACACCGUCCUCCCGGUGCUGAAAUCGGUGAUCGAGAAAGCGGAGGGCAGCCCGCACCGGAGCGAGGUGGAGGGCUGGCUGCAGAGGCUGAAAGACGCUUACGACGGCGCGGAGGACGCGCUGGACCGCCUCACCUACGACCGCCUCAGACGCAAGGCUAAGGCAGCCGCAAGGAGCAGCAGUGGUAAGAGGCCAACAAAUCCGGUACGUUCUUCUUCCUCUUUUCACGUACCAAAACGUGUGAAAUGGGUGAUAAAAGGCGGCCGGGACAUGCUGUCGCCUCGAAAGAUCAAGCUGAAGGUAAGGCUGAAGAAGCUGAAAAAGAUCGCCGGCAAAGCCAAGGACCUCAGCACUUUGUUAGGCGCCCAGCCUGAGACAGCAGACAGCAGGCAGACCUUCUCAGUGCCUCCACCGAGAGUGUUCGGCCGCGACGAAGAUCGUGAUGAAAUCAUUCGGCGUUUGAAGAUAGAACCUGCAGCAGGCGUACCUAUACCUAUAAUUGCAAUAGUCGGUCGCCCGGGGGUCGGGAAGACUACUCUUGCACAGUACGUUUGUAAGCAGUUGAGGAGCGAAUUAACUGACGGACAACAUUUUGAUCCCAUCAUGUGGGUCUACGCAUCUCGCAACUUCAACGCAUCCAAAAUUAUGAAAGACAUCAUACAACAAGCUUCUAUCGCAAGCAAGCCACAAGAAGAUCUUGGUGACGCUGUUGUAGCCGUCCGUUCCAAUCUCGACGCUGUGGUCGCUGGCAAACUUAGCUCGACUGAAGCGCUACGACUAAAAAUGAACGAAAAGCUGAACGGGAAGAAGUUCCUGCUCGUGAUAGAUGAUGUUUGGUGCGACGGAGAAGACCGCAAGAAGAAUUGGGAUACACUAUUCAGAUGUUUAAGCGAAUGCUGCUGUUUGCGGGGGAGCAAGAUUUUGGUUACAUCUCAAACGAAUGAUGCGCCGAUAAAUAGUACUGUUGCUCCUAACGGUGCUGUUCCUGUAGAAUACGUUCGUCAUUUGGAAGAUUUAGCAAAGAAUGACUUCUCAGAUCUUUUCAUUCACUACGCAUUGUGGCAAUUCGAUUCUCACUUAAGAGAAGAUUUCAAAGAGAAAUGCAGGACAAUCGCGGAGAAGUUGAACAAGGACCCUACGGCGGCCAAGAUGGUUGGCGAGACGAUCGCUACGAAGCUGGCCAAUCUCCUUCGUUCGCAAGGUAAUUUGCAUGCAUAUUUGGAAACGAUCGCAGACAAGGACUGGUCCGGCGACAAAACCAAAGCGCUGAUGUGGAGUUUUCGGCAUUUGCCGGCACAUCUUCAGCGUUGCUUCUCGUACUGUCGCCUCUCUGGAUGGCGCAAGGUUUUAUCAAGCNAAGGAGAAAGCGUCGUCUCAGACGAAAAUGUUGCGACCACCGACACCUUCAAGAGCUUAAAAAAGUUGCGCGUGCUGCAGGUUUUGGGGUUAAAUCUAGAAAAACUGACGACAAAGUUUAUAAGAGAAAUGAAGCACCUUCGCAUCCUGCGAGUUUCAGGUACUGGCGAGUCCGUGUUGCUGGUGGCGGUGUCCACUCUGUAUCAGCUACAGGUGUUGAAAGUAGAAAACGCUCGCCCGCGUGCUGCACACCUUACCGACUUGGUCGGCUUGCGGUAUCUACGGCUUUCUGGCAUAGCCGAGAUUGGCAAGUUAACUUCCUUGCAAGGCCUAGAGAUUUUUCGGGUGAGAAAGGAAAAAGGAUAUGAGCUGGAGCAACUAAAGAACUUGAACGAACUUCGAGGACACCUGCGCAUUGAUAAUCUUGAGAAUGUUGAGAGCAAGGAGAGCGCCAUUGCCGCCGAUUUGAAAGAAAAGAAGCAUCUUGAUUCGCUCCAGUUGGUAUGGCGCGACGGCGAGGACAAUGUAAAUUCUAAUUUGGAUGCUGAAAUUCUUGAGGGUCUCCAAUUGCCUCCCAAUCUUACCAGCCUUUAUCUAGACGGGUAUCGGGGACCGUCGUGGCCCGAAAAUCAAACAUCCAACAUUCAAGAACUUGCGCUGAGGAGGUGUGGAAUGCUCGAAGAGCUCCCACCUAUGGACCAGCUUUACCCUUAUUGCAGAUCACUCGAGCUUCGGCAUAUUACUAGACUUGAAGCAUUACACACCCUUCCUCCGAGACUUCAAGAAUUCACAAUAUUUCGCGCGCCAUUUCUCACCUUCGUAACAAAUGAAGACCUGCAGUUGAGCCAAGAUGACAAGAGAUGCAUAAGAGAGGUCAUGAGGAACAGGACGCAGGAAUGGUUCCAACACCAAAGUAAAGAAGACUUAGUCCACAACGAAAGAGAAAUGAGGAAUUUCAUAGCCGGGAUGAAUGGCCGAGAGCAUAGCAACAUUGUGCCUGCCGCCGAUGCGGAUAUUGCUGCUGUGUGGGAGAGAUGGUUGGAGACGCAUGAGCAAAAAACGGAAUUAAUUUACAGCAGACAAAAUGAGGCCAAAUUGCUUUUGCCCUCUACCAUUACUAGGCUCCGGCUCCAGGGAUGCAACAUUACCGACCACGCAUUGUCGGUAUGCCUACAACAAAACCUCCCCUCCCUUACAGAGCUGUUGUUAGCAGAUCUCAGAAUGAUAACCCGUCUACCGUCUGCGGACGUCCUCGCCAACUUAAAAUCACUCCAAACUUUACAUCUGAGCGACUGCUGGGCUCUCACUUCGCUGGAUGGUAUAAGAUCCCUCCGCCGUCUCAGAUAUCUCCAUCUAAUCGGAUGCCCCUGCUUGGACAUUGAAACUGCUGUGCUGCCGUCCUCGUUGCGGCAUAUCCUUUUUGAGUCUUGUGCAGAUGUAGAUGCAAUCCUAGCCAAUGCGAAUUUGCCACGACUACUUCAUCUUACGAUUACUCAAUGUCGUACGCGAACGGCAUCGUUACAGUUUCGCAACCUCCGAUCUCUCCACGCCUUGGGUAUCCAGGAUUGUUCUGGCGUCUCAUUCUCGGUGGAUUUGCAGGAACUGCACUCUCUAGAAAAUCUCAUUCUGCAGAACUGCUCGAAUCUGGAGGCAGUGAUGAAUUUGCCCAGGUCACUCAAAAGGUUAGGAAUACGCGGAUGUCCGAUUUUAGAGGAAUCCAUAGAAAUUGACCCCCUUUCGGGCAGGCGUUUGCUCAACGACAUCCCUGUAGAAGACAGAUUCGAACAUGCUCUGUAA